CGCCGAUGGCAGCUCAGUGAGCCCAAUAACCAACAUAUGGUACGCCUCGAGGGCGAGCUAGUAAAAGGGGUCCCAACCGCAACCGAGGCGACUCAGGGUUUGGGUUUGCAGAAGAGCAUGUGUUCCAAUGACACAUUCCUAGAAGUGAUAAGUUAUGCAUUACCUCCACAAAAGUGGAGAUGGGCACUGGUAGAUGACAGGAAAUCUCCUUUAUAUGUUGGCCUCUGA